AACAAAAGUUUUAUUCAAGGUAAACGCGCUUUCGUGUGCACGCGCACUUCUGCAGAGCCAGCAAGGGAGAGGGAAAGAGAAAGAAAAUUGGGGUUGCCCGGCCGGGAAACGAAACCCGGCGGCGCUCCCUUUCCGGGCUUUUCCUCCUCCUUCUCGGCGGCACCCAAAAAAUAAGCGGCCCGGGCAAGUUUCUUGGCCCUUUGCCUCCUGCUGACGCCAACAAUCGUCGCGGGGCCCGGGCCUCUCGGCGCAGCCAAUGAGGAGCGAGGGGAGCCCCGGGCGCCGCCAAUCGCGAGCCGCUGGACAGUUCCCCGGUCCUGACCGACCUUCAGCUGGGCCGCCCGGCGCGGGGAGGAGAUAAAACCGCCCGGAGGAGGCAGCUGCGGUUUGGUGGCUGUUGCUGCUGCUCUCGCCCAGGAGACUGGCACGCCCGGCUCGGUUCAGGCAGGCGGGCAGGCGAGGGGCGAAAGGGAGCCGAGCGCAAGAGAGGCGGCGGCGGCGGCGGCUCCAUUCAUUGCAGCAAACAGCCGGCUCGGGGAGAAGCCUGCCCAGGGAGCCGAGCUCACGCGCCAGAGGAAAGCCCCGUCGGCGCCCGCCACCAGGACCCCCGGGUUUGAGCAGGCUGCGGGGGGCGCAGCGGAGAGGCAUCCCGCAGUCCUCAGGUCUCCAUGAAGCAGCACUUUUGCGGCCCAGGAGGAAGCACUCUCCCUUGAAGCCCGACCUCAGCAAUGCCCUGGAACGUCAAAUGGCUAAACAGCUACCGCGGCCAUGACUCCGCCUCCCAGAAGCAAUGCAAGAAGUCCUCCUUCGCCUUCUACCAAGCCGUGAGGGACCAGCUGCCGGUGUGGCUCCUGGAGGACAUGAGGCUCAUGGAAGCCUUCCACUGGCAGGAGGGUGGCAAGGUCAGCUCCUACUCUCCCUCCGAGGCCCUCCUCUACGCCCUGGUGCACGACCACCAGCCUUACGCCCAACAUCUCCUCCGUAAGUUCCCCAAGAGCGCCUUGGCGAUCCCCAGCCUCCACUUCAGCUGCUGCCAUUCCUCGGCGCCCCACCUGGCCAUGGCUGUCCGCUACAACCGCGUCCACAUCCUUCUAGAGAUCCUCAAGGCCAUUAGAGACUUCCCGGCCAGCGAGUGGGCUGGCUACUUGGACCGCAGAGGGUGCAGCCGAGUGGAAGGCGGCAAAACGGCCCUCCAUCUGGCCUGUGAACUGGCCAGGCCUGAGUGUCUGCUUCUGUUGCUAGGCCACGGGGCCUCCCCUGGCUUGAGUGACUGUGCUGGCCUCACGCCUUUGGACCUCCUCUUGCAGCAGAUCUGGGAGAGCCCCACGGCGAAUCAGCGCAUCAAGCUUCUCCUCCUCGACUCCCUCUUCCUCUUUGUGCCUCAGGGCUUCCGUUUUGCCAUGAAGCAGCAGCUGUUGGAUGACCAGCAGCAGUGGCAGGACCUUUUAGGUGAGAGCAGGUUCCAGUGGCUGGCAGGCCUCGCCCCGUCUUCUCUCUUUGUCAAAUCCAUGCAAGUCUUAAUUGGGACCAUUGCGCCGGAUCAGUUCCCAGAAGCUCUGGACGCCUUGCCUUUACCUCACUUUCUGAAGCCUUUGGACUUGAAAUUGAAAAAUUAGGAGAACUUUGGGGCCUGUCUCCUCCCCCCACCAUCCCCUCACAGUUCCUGCUUGUGUGAUGAAAACUGAGUUUUUGGUCUGUUGUGUGGCGAACUUUAAUAUAAAAACUGUGUGUGAGGAGAAGCCUUUGUUUUAAUUAGAACCUUUAUAUAUAUAUAAAA